GAAAAAAAAGAAAACAAAUUGUCACGUAAACGUCAAAAAAUAUGAAUUCGUUUUAAAAUGUAACUCAAAUGAUACAUAAAUUUCAAGUGAUAUAUUAAUUCAAACAUUCCGCUCAUCACACAAUAAUAUCUAUGUUUUUAAUCUGAGAGUUUUAUAAAUUCGCUCAAAGUGGCACCACCAUGCGUAAAGUCGCUUGGGGGAAAAACACAAGUAUGGGAAGUGAAACUUAACAGCGAGAAGCAAAGGUGUUUCAUCAAGACGUUGGAUACGGUCGGAGCGGUUAACAUCUGGAAGGAAGAACGUAGCUCAAUGGAUAUAAUGGUGGAGGGUCCAAAGUCAACUCAGGUAGCUGAGUUGCUGUACGAGCGGAGCAUCCCCUUCGCCGUAGCUAUCGGAGAUGUGGGCCCCAUGCUGGACAGGGAGGGCGUCAAGCCGAAGCAUCGGAAAUGUGCCACAGGAUCAAAGGUACCAAUGGAUUGGAAGAGCUAUCAUCGUUUGGGUGUCAUUUAUGAGUUUAUGGAAAGUCUGGCUGCUGAAUGGCCGACAUUAUGCAGUGUGUGUACUAUUGGUCGAUCUGUUGAAGGCCGCGCGAUAAAGAUGUUAAAGAUAUCUAACGGGCGGUGUAACAAUGCGGGCGUAUGGAUGGACGCGGCGAUACAUCCUCGCGAGUGGAUCAGCACGGCGGUGCUCACUUACGUCGCAGACCAACUCGUCAGGACAUACGAUCAGCAGCCGGAUUACAUUACAAAUAAAGAUUGGUUUAUAGUCCCUGUUGUGAACCCUGAUGGAUAUGAGUAUACUCAUACACAUGAUCGUAUGUGGAGGAAGAAUAGGGCACGCUACGGCGAAUGCUACGGCGUAGAUCUUAACAGGAACUUUAGCUAUGGCUGGGGAGAACGAGACGAAGAAGGGUCAUCAGAUGAUCCUGCUAAUAUUUUCUACAGAGGUCCUGAACCUUUUUCUGAGCCAGAAACGUCAGCGAUAAGGCAAGCGAUCUGCAGCGCAGGCACCAAGUUCAAGGUGUUCCUGUCGUUCCACAGCUACGGCGAGGUGAUCAUCUUCCCCUGGGGCUAUACGGGAGAUCCCUGCCCUCAUUACGUCCAGAUGUUGGAAGCAGGCACUGCUAUGGCUAAGGCUAUCCAGCAAGCGAGCGGUCACAUUUACAAAGUGGGCAGUACAAAGGAUCUCAUGUAUUACGCGUCAGGAACAAGCACCGACUGGAGUUACGCCGUCGCUAACAUUCCAUACUCGUACAUGGUGGAACUGAGGGGCAAGAGACAUCGAUUCUUAUUACCUAAAGAAGAAAUAGUAUGCACAUCCAUAGAGGUACUAUGCGGCGUAUCAAAGUUAAUGGAAUACAUUGAAAAAUUCAACAAAAUAACUCCAGCGCUUAGUGUCGAGUCCUGCCAGUCGCCGUCAUAUACAAUCAAAGUGCCCCGGACGCCAUCAUGGGUUAGUGCCCGAUGCCAUUCCUGUAGGAGUUCCAGGUCAUGUUGUAAAAGCAGCCAUUCACCCUCGUGCUCCCGAUCUCACUCACGACAAAGUUGUAAUGCUCAAAAAUGUGACAGCACUCAUUCUAAGUGUCGUGGAUCACCGAACAAACCUUGCAAUUUUACCGAAUAAUAUAAAAAUUAACUGACAGUUGAUGACAAUGGAAACUUUGAAAUCAUAGACUUGAUUUUUUUAUUGGUAUACAAAUGUUAAAUAGAUAAUUAUAAUCAAAAAAACAUUUUUCUGACUCAGUUUUAAAUGUAACAUACCUAAUCAGAUAGUCAACAUUCAAACGACAUUAGAGUUUAAAAUUAGUUUUUGAACUACGUAAUUUUUUUGUAUGUCUAGAUAGAAGAAAUGUUUAUUUUAUGCUAUAAUCUAAUUUAAACGACACGAUCAUUUAAUAUGUCCCUUGUGUGUAAUGUAGAUUUGGAUUACUUUUAACUAGGAUAAAAAGUAUUUAAAACGAUAACAUGUUUUAAAAUAAAUUCUCUUUUAAACUAUAUUAUGGAAGCAAUCCAAAAAUUUGCCUCACAACCUGCCUUUACAUUAUGUUCAACAUUGGCUUAUUGAUUCGAGGCUAUCGUUGCCAAGUUUUAAAUUGUUUUAUCAUUUUGUACCACACCAUAGAUAUGUUAAAUAAAAGAACUGAUUAAAAAUU